UUUAGUUUAAAAUGGACAAUGAGUCGGUUCUCUCACACAGACCGGGCAACUCUACUCUUAUUUUAUUGGAAACGAAAGUCAAACUAAUCUGUAUCUGUUCAGUCCGAGGGCGGAUCUGUUUCAUAUCGUUUCCCCUUUUCUUCAGACACACCUGUUCUCCACACGGCUUUUACAGACUGAAACAGGAAGUGUGAGCUGCUGUAAGUGACUGUGUGAGUUUAUUUUUCAGUAAAAUGGCAGAAGCUAAUAUUUUAGGACUUCAGGAUCAGUUCAGCUGUCCACUCUGUCUGGAUCUAAUCAAGGAUCCAGUGACUAUUGUCUGUGGACACACUUUCUGUAUGGUGUGUAUUAAUGGCUGCUGGGAUCAGGAGGAUCAGAAGGGAGUCUAUAGCUGUCCUCAGUGUAGACAAACCUUCACUCCAAGACCUGUUGUGAGUAAAAACACUGUUCUGGCUGAAGUAGUGGAGACACUGAAGAAGACGGGACUCCAAGCUACACGUCCUGCUCACUGUUCAGCUGGACCUGAAGAUGUGGAGUGUGAUUCCUGCACUGGGAGAAAAUCCAAAGCCAUCAAGUCCUGUCUGGUGUGUCUGGCCUCUUUCUGUGAAACUCACCUCCAGCCUCACUAUGAAUCUCCUGCCUUUAAGAAGCACAAGCUGGUGGAAGCCUCCAGACGACUCCAGGAGCAGAUCUGCUCUCAGCAUGACGAACUGCUGGAGGUUUACUGUCACACUGAGCAGCAGUGUAUCUGCAUGUUGUGUACCAUGGAUGAACAUAAAGGACAUGAUACAGUAUCAGCUGCAGCAGGACGAGCUGACAAACAGAAGCAGUUGUUGGAGGUGCAGGGAACAACCAGGCAGAGAAUUCAGGAGAGAGAGAAGCAGCUUCAGGAACUGACAAAGGCUGUGAAGACUCACAAGCAUUCUGCACAAACAGCAGUGCAUGAAACUGAGAAGUUAUUUACUGCUCUGAUCAAAUCCAUUGAGAGAAGAUGUUCUGAACUGACAGCACUGAUCAGAGCUCAGGAGAAAGCUGCAGUGAGUCGAGCUGAAGAAGUCAUGAAGCAACUGGAGCAGGAGAUUGCAGAGCUGAAGAGGAGAGACUCUGAGAUGGAGGAGCUUUCACACACAGAGGAUCCCAUCCAUUUCCUCCAGAGUUUUCAGUCUGUCUCGAUCACUCCUAAAUCUGCAGUUGUACCCACCAUAAGUCCUCAUCUCACUUUUGAGGAUGUAGUAGAGUCUGUGUCUAAUCUGAGAGAGAAAGUAGAAGAAUGCAGUAAAGAGGAGUUUGGGAAAAUAUUAGCUGGAGUGAGCUAUGUCUGGAUGUUUCCUGUUCCUGAACCCCGAAGCAGAGAAGAUUUUCUCAAAUAUUCCUGUCAAUUGAGACUGAAUCCUAACACAGCUAAUAAGCUCCUCUGUCUGUCUGAGGAGAACACGUUGGUGACCUGCAGUUCAACACAAGAGUCCUAUCCUGAUCAUGCUGAGAGGUUUGAAUAUUAUCUCCAGGUGUUGUGUACAGAGAGUGUAUGUGGACGCUGUUACUGGGAGGUUGAGUGGAGUGUGGGUUCUAUAGCAGAGUCAUAUGAAGACAUCAGCAGGAAGGGAAACCGUUUUGAGUGGAGUGGGAAUGAUGGCGUUCCUAUAGCAGAGUCAUAUAAAGGCAUCAGAAUAAAGGGAUACAGUUUUGAGUGGAGUGGGAAUGAUGGGGUUUCUAUAGCAGUGUCAUAUAAAGACAUCAGCAGGAAGGGUAAUGGGUGUGUGUUUGGAUUCAAUGAUCAAUCCUGGAGAUUGCUUUGCUCUCCAAAUAAAUUCAUAUUCUGUCACAAUAACCGAGAAAUUAGUGUCCCAGUAAUACCCAGCUCCUCUAGAAUAGGAGUGUAUGUGGAUCACAGGGCAGGGAUUCUGUCCUUCUACGGCGUCUCCGACACGAUGAAGCUCCUCCACAGCGUUCGCACCACGUUCACUCAGCCUCUUUACCCCGGGUUUAUGGUUUGUAAAGGAUCAAGGGUUAAACUAUGUCAUUUAAAAUAGAUCAUUUUCAGAGCUUUGUGAUACCAGUGGAUUUUUGUGUGUGUCUGUUUCUGCAUGCAGUUUGAUGGGGGUUACCUCAAAACAACAGUGUACUGCAAUAGCAAAAGAAAUAUACAAUGAGACUAUGUGAAUAAAUAAAACAAAUCUGAUUUGAGACAAGAACUGACAUCUAAUAAAGUAAUGUCUUUAUAAUUUUUUAGAAAAUACAGUUUUAUAGUGAAAACACGGCAUUGCUACAGAUAAAAAUAAAUAAAAAGUAAAACCUUCUCAUUGGGCAACACUGCUCCAUUGUAGAAUAGUAAGAACAGUAGAAAUUAGCCUUUAAAAAAAAAUACAAUAAUAAAAACUGUUUAAAAACAUGAAAGAGUCUCACAUUACAUUAUAUUACCUGUGGCAACAUAGUAGUCGUAGCUAAUAAAUUGAUCAUUUAUUGUAAUUAUGAUGAUUGUAUGGAUCGUGAUCAGUCUGUAAACCUAAAUAUACAAACCGCAUAAUGGUACAAUGUUGGUUUAAGGUAGCAUGGAUUUUUACUAUUUCUAAUAACUGGAUUAUCAAAUAGAUUUCAUUAGUUAAAAUAAUACAAGUUAAAAUAAGGAGUUAAAAUAAAUUUACUCCUCACUGCUCCUCCUACGUACUUACUCCUACUAUAUUAUUAUUAAUCAAUCUUGUUAUAUUACUUAAAUUUGUGAUAGUGUGGUGCUUUAUUACAGCCAGACAACUGUGUUCAGUGGAGUCAUGAGGAAACAAGCUGUACACAGCAAAUAUAAAGUCUUUGUGUUGUGUUGCUCCUAAUAAUAUUACAUCUAUUUUACUCUCACACAUCAGUAUACUUUCUAUGUAUAAAUCAUAUUUUGAAACAUUGUGUAAUGCAAUAUUUUUGUGUCUUUUAACGUUAGUGUGUUGUUUGACCUUCAACACUCCACACUAUGUUCAUUAUGUUUAGCAUCAUUAAGUCUAUCAAUGGUAAAUUAACAUAACUCACAGUACAGGAUGUACCAGACACAUAAUCCUAUAAAGUAUGUCUGUUUUGAGUUGCAGAUUUUGUUGUAUAAUGCAAUGGCAUUUUAAGCUGCUGUUGAACUGUGAGCAAUAAACUUGACCAUGAACACAAACUCGA